AUGAAGGAGGACAAGAGCCUCGAGCCGACGGUUGCCGUCAGCGAUAAUUCGCUGGUGGACGAGACGGCACCAGAUGAGGCAGCAAAACAUCUCAAGAACCUCAAAGCACAGCAUCAGUGGGAUCCCAACCUCGACGAUGAUGUGGCUGAGGAGAUCGAUGAAGCCUUGCACACCGCUGACAAGGGUGCUCGUGUGGAAAUCACACAGGAACUUCUGGAUAAUUCUCCAUAUCCCGAGGUUCGCGCAGCUGUCGCAAACUACGACGAGGGUGGACACACCAACACGAUUCGCGCGUGGACUAUUGGACUUAUUUUCGCGACAAUCGGAUCAGCUCUCAACAUGCUUUUCUCCAUGCGUCAACCAUACAUUGUUAUUCCCUCAUAUGUGGUGCAAGUCGUCGCCUAUCCGGUUGGUAUUGCAUGGUAUAAGGUUAUGCCCGACAAGCAAUUCAAAUUCUUUGGGAUUGAUUGCAACCUCAACCCUGGACCCUUCAGCAAGAAGGAGCAUACGCUAAUCGUCAUCAUGGCCAAUGCCACCUUUGCUGGUGGCGCGGCCUAUGCAACGGAUGUGCUGCUCGCUCAGCGGGCCUUCUAUAAGCAGCAUUUCGGUUGGGCUUUCGAGAUCCUGAUGUGCAUUUCGACCCAGACAUUAGGGUUUGGCUUAGCCGGUUUCUUCCAUAAGUUCUUGGUAACACCUGCUGCCAUGAUCUGGCCUUCCACCCUUAUCAAUUCUGCCCUCUUCACAGCCCUGCACGAUCGCUCCGCGCCCGAUCCUCGAAGGGUCUCAGGCUGGACCAUCGGGAAGUACCGCUUCUUCCUGUACUGCAUGAUUGGUUCCUUCGUGUGGUACUGGUUCCCAGGAUACAUUGCUCCUUUCCUGAGUACCUUUGCUUUUGUCACCUGGAUAAAGCCCCAAAAUGCAGUCAUCAAUCAGCUUUUUGGUGGCCUCACGGGUCUGUCACUCAUUCCCAUCACAUUCGACUGGACUCAAGUCUCCGGCUUCAACUUCAGUCCUUUAAUCUCGCCGUGGCAUGCCCAUGUCAACACCCUAAUCGGUAUGGUGAUAUUCUUCUGGAUCACUACAAUGGGUCUGCACUACAGUGGCGUGUGGUUCGCCGAAUAUCUCCCCAUUAGCGACUCGAGCAGCUACGACAAUACCGCAAAUGUGUACAACGUAUCCAAGAUCCUGACUCCGAACAUGGAGUUUGAUCCGGUCAAAUACAAGGAGUAUUCGCCUCUUUUCCUAUCCACAACUUUUGCGCUGAACUACGGUCUGAGUUUCGCGACCAUCAUUGCUGUCUUGCUUCACACUGGACUUUUCCACGGCAAGGAAAUCUGGGCCCGUUUCCGCAGCUUCGGGCGUGAGGAAGAGGACGUCCAUGCACGUCUCAUGUCUCGCUUCCAGACCGUACCACUGUGGUGGUAUGCUGUGCUUACCCUGAUCAUGAUCGGUAUCGGUCUGGGUGUUACCCUGGGAUAUCCCACCCAUCUCAGCUGGUGGGCUUUUUUUAUAUCUCUCAUAAUCGCCGCUGUGUGGUUUGUGCCAGUUGGUUUGGUUCAGGCGACAACCAACGUCCAGAUCGGCCUCAAUGUCAUAACGGAAUUCAUCGUCGGUUAUAUGCAGCCCGGACGUCCCAUGGCCAUGAUGCUGUUCAAGACCUAUGGCUACAUUACCAUGUCCCAGGGGUUGUACUUCUGUCAGGAUAUGAAAUUAGGCCACUAUAUGAAGCUUCCGCCUCGUGUCACCUUUUCCGCCCAAAUGGUUGCCUGUCUGUGGUCUUCCGUGGUUCAAAUUGGUGUCAUGAAUUGGGCGCUUGGAGCCAUCAAACAGGUCUGCGAAAAGGACCAACCAAGCCACUACAGCUGCCCCAACGGCCGUGUGUUCUUCAAUGCAUCCGUCAUCUGGGGUGUCAUUGGUCCCUCCCGCAUGUUUUCCGCCGGACAGAUCUACUCUUCUCUGAUGUGGUUCUGGCUCGCCGGAGCCAUUUUGCCCGUCAUGAUCUACGUCGGUGCCCGGGUCUGGCCUAAGAGUCGUAUCCGCUACCUUAGUGCCCCCCUGAUCUUCGGCGGUGCUGGGUUGAUUCCCCCCGCGACCCCAUUGAACUAUCUGAGCUGGGGCAUUGUGGGUCUCUUGUUCAACAGAUAUAUUCGCAACCGUUGGCGUGGGUGGUGGAUGCAUUACAACUAUGUUCUCUCGGCGGGUCUCGAUGUCGGCCUAGCGCUUUCUACUAUAUUGAUCUUCCUCGCUCUUCAGUUGACGAACACAAGCUUCCCUUCGUGGUGGGGCACUAAGAUUGCCGGCAAUACCAUGGAUGCCGCCGGAACAGCUAUUCAGGUAGCUGUGCCCGACGGCAGCAUAUUCGGACCCGCGACGUGGUCCUAA